AAAGAACCAAUUCCUCCUUCUUCCUCCAGGUUCAAGAGGCAUAUUGUCUCCCUGCUGAUAAUUUUCCCAUCCUCCAAUCUUCGUAGGAGUUGAAUUUGGUCUGAUCGUGUCUUACAUCUGAACCCCUCAUAGCUACCCUCAGGACCGCGGUUGUCAACAUGUUGGCCACUCGACAGGUCCUGGGCAACGUUGCCCGAUCGCGGGUCAUGUCCAACAUGAACCUGCGUAGGUGCAUGGCCUCCGUGGCCGAUUCGGCCUUGGACAAGAAGGUCAAGCAAAACAACUGGGAAGAAGGCAACUUUAUCAACUAUAAGAAGAUGUCUGAGAACUUGGCGAUUGUUCGUAGUCGUCUAAAUCGCCCCCUAGCAUACGCCGAGAAGAUCUUAUACUCCCAUCUUGACGACCCUCACGGACAAGAAAUCGAGCGGGGUGUCUCUUAUCUGAAGUUGCGACCCGAUCGAGUCGCAUGUCAGGAUGCUACUGCUCAGAUGGCCAUCCUCCAGUUCAUGUCUGCCGGCAUGCCUUCUGUAGCGAACCCUACAACUGUACACUGUGAUCACCUGAUCGAGGCCCAGAUCGGCGGAGAGAAAGAUCUUGAACGAGCUAUCAGCAUCAACAAGGAAGUAUAUGACUUCCUAGCCUCAGCAUGUGCCAAGUACAACAUUGGAUUCUGGAGACCCGGCUCCGGUAUCAUCCACCAAAUCAUCCUCGAAAAUUAUGCCUUCCCUGGCGGUCUAUUGAUCGGUACUGACUCUCACACACCUAAUGCUGGUGGUCUAGGUAUGGCUGCCAUUGGUGUUGGUGGUGCUGAUGCUGUCGAUGUCAUGGCAAACCUGCCUUGGGAACUGAAGGCGCCGAAGGUCAUUGGAGUGCGGCUGACUGGGGCCCUGUCCGGCUGGACAGCACCCAAAGAUAUCAUCCUAAAGGUCGCCGGCAUACUUAGUGUUAAAGGUGGCACAGGCGCAAUUAUUGAAUAUCACGGCCCUGGUCUUGACAGUGUAUCAUGCACUGGCCUGGCGACAAUUGCUAAUAUGGGGGCUGAAAUAGGUGCCACCACCUCCGUAUUCCCUUUCAACGACCGCAUGUAUGACUACCUAAAGGCUACUAAGCGUACUGAAAUCGGUGACUUUGCCCGAUCUUACGCCAAGGAACUACGUGAGGACGAGGGUGUCGAGUAUGACCAGCUUAUCGAGAUUAACCUUUCCGAGCUCGAGCCGCACAUCAACGGUCCCUUUACCCCAGAUCUAGCGACCCCUAUCUCCAAGUUCUCCGAGGCUGUCAAGGCCAAUAAUUGGCCCGAGGAGCUUAAGGUUGGUCUGAUCGGAUCUUGCACAAACUCCUCAUACGAAGACAUGUCUAGGGGUGCUUCCAUCGCUCGGGAUGCUCUUGACCAUGGUUUAAAGGCUAAGUCUGCUUUCGUUGUUACUCCUGGUUCCGAACAGAUCCGAGCUACUAUUGCCCGUGAUGGCCAACUUCAGACUUUCGAGGAAUUUGGCGGUAUAGUGUUGGCUAACGCCUGUGGCCCCUGCAUUGGUCAAUGGGAUCGACGGGAUGUCAAGAAGGGCGAGGCCAAUUCGAUCUUGUCCUCCUACAACCGUAACUUCACCGGCCGAAACGACGGCAACCCUGCAACGCAUUCUUUUGUUACUUCCCCUGAUCUAGUUGUCGCCAUGUCAAUUGCUGGCAGCCUACACUUCAAUCCCCUGACCGAUAAGCUGAAGGAUAAGGACGGUAAUGAAUUCCAGCUUGCUCCUCCCACUGGCGAUGGUCUCCCCACGAAGGGUUACGACCCUGGUAACGAUACUUACCAGGCUCCUCCUGCUGAUCGCACCUCGGUCAGCGUCCAGGUCUCACCAUCUUCCGACCGUCUUCAGGUUCUGCAACCAUUCCAGCCGUGGGACGGCAAAGAUGCUCUAGACAUGCCUAUUCUUAUCAAGGCAAAGGGAAAGACUACUACUGACCACAUCUCCAUGGCUGGUCCUUGGCUGAAGUACCGUGGACAUCUCGACAACAUCUCCAACAACAUGUUGAUUGGCGCCAUUAACGAGGCCAACGAUGAGGCCAACAAAGUCAAGAACGCCACAACUAAUGAUUGGGAUGCUGUCCCGGCUGUAGCCCGCGACUACAAGGCCAAGGGAAUCAAGUGGGUUGUCAUUGGUGACUGGAACUAUGGCGAGGGAAGUUCCCGAGAGCACGCCGCUCUGGAGCCGCGACAUCUUGGUGGACUAGCCAUCAUUACCCGAAGUUUUGCCCGUAUCCACGAGACCAACUUGAAGAAGCAGGGUAUGCUUCCUCUCACAUUCGCAGAUCCUGCCGACUACGACAAGAUCAAGCCAGAUGAUAGGAUUGAUCUCCUCUGCACGGAGCUAGCUGUCGGCAAACCUAUGACGAUGCGGGUACAUCCUAAGGACGGCAAGCCUUUCGAUAUAAAACUUCAACACACAUUUAAUUCUUCUCAGAUCGAAUGGUUCAAGAAUGGAAGCGCAUUGAACACGAUGGCUAAGAACGCGAAAUGAAAGCCCUACGGGAUGAUGCGGAAAAUCAGAUCAGUAAUAUAGGAGAGAUUCAUGCAGGCGCAUUGUGGGGAGGCCUGCUGGAAUUACAGCACUCGGGGUGUAUAGGAACUUGGGUUGGUUUUACGGAUUCAUGCUUUAUGGGACCAUUAUAUUUCUACCCCGUCAUGAUGUUUCCCCAGCCGGUUCUAGAAUUUUUUUAUAGUUUGUACAAAACGAACUCUGACGAAAGAAUUUAAGUCGUUACGCUGUUCCAGUUUCCUUCCGUGAAGCUUUCAAGGUGUCUACAUGAGUUUCUAGUGUUAAUUUCUAUGAUUUCAUGUUUUUGCAAUGCCAUAUAUCCUUACAUUAGGUACCUAACCUUAGGUAGUUAGGUAGGUAUGCUUAUCUUAUUCUCCCAUAUUCCGAUUCUUAUAUUCCAGUUAUAAUUCCGAGACAUUUAAAUAAGCAAGGUAUUAAUAUUACAAGGUUACGUUUCCUUGUA